CAAGGACGUAGUGCUGCAGCUUUAUAAGGAUGGAAAGCAGAACAGCAGAAACAAGGCGGGAGCGAAAUGUUGUGAGGACCCCACUCCAUGAGUCUGCCCAGGAGGUUACAAGGUCAGAGAAAGAAGUAACUCCCAGCAAAAGGAGACAAUCGAAGAUAGAGGCAGAGAGAAGGCACCGCCUGCGGCGCACCUUGGUGAAACUACGGCUAACCAGCCACAGGCGCCUCUUGAGAACGAAGGUUGGUGGUGAUCCGCACCCUCCGCGGCACCCGAGCAAGGUGAAGACUGUUGCCGUCAAGGAGCAGGCCCAGAGGCAGGGUGGUGAGGGGUGGCUGGCCCCGGAUACGGUGGUGAUGGGCCUGCUGUAUCUGCUGUGCAUAAUUGUGGCCGUGCAGAUGUACCACGGCGAGGACAUGGAGAAGAAUAUCCAGGCCCACGAUAUUGACCACCUCGAGAAGACACUACACAGGGAGCUCGUGGGACAGACGCUGGCCAUAAACAAGCUGACCAAGCUGCUGAGGGGUUACCUGGCCACGAACUUCCAUUCCAAGCCGUUGGUCCUCUCUGUCAAUGGCCCCACUGGCGUUGGAAAGAGCUACCUGGGGAGGCUCAUCACCAAACACUUCAGGUCCACCCUCGGGACCUGCGUGGUCAUUCAGCACUCAGCCAAGCACCACUCCCCGCUGGACCUGAUCUCCCGGGUCGUGGACACCUUCUCCCGAGCUCGGCAGGCCGACCAGGUCCCGGUGCUCCUGCUCGACCAGCUGGAGUAUGCCGGCCCACAGCUCCUGGACUUUGUUGGGCAGCUGGUAGCCUCCCCCAACCACACCACAGCCGUCUACAUCCUCCUAACCAACAUCGGGAGCGAGCUGAUCAUCCAGUCUACCCACCGUGGCUUUGGCCAUGGGGUGACUGGCCAGGUGCAGAGGCUCAGUGCAGAGCUGGCCAGGCUGACGGCUGGGAUGCACCCAAUCUGGAGGGAGGCGAAAUUCAUCCCCCUCUUCCCGCUGCACCAGCUGCACGUGGUACAGUGCGCCCGGCAGGUGAUGGAGCGGGAGGGUUUCUACCCUCAGGACCCCCGGGCGGAGGCCAUGGCCAAUGGUCUGAGCUACUACAAAGCCAGGCAGCACCUCUAUUCCAAGCACGGCUGCAAGCCCGUGCUGUUGAGGGUCAGGCAAAUCAAGAGAGGUCAAUGGGAAAGGGGCUGGAUGUGAGGCAGCAUAUAGCUCACUCGGGGUGGGGGUGAUGCAGUUCCAAAAAUACACUUGAUGGAAUUUCCCAGCAGGUCCUGGGGGGGUGGGGGGAGGGGGAGAAGAUG